CAACCGCUCUGUAGGAGCCCCUCCUCACCCGCCUGUGGCGUCACGGCCUCGCCGCGCCCUGGUCCGCCUGGGGGGGUGUGGUCUGAGGCGGAAGUGACGCAAUACCGGUGCGCCCCGACAGGCGCUCCCAGAAGGGCUUCCUUGUGGCGGGGCAGAGAUGGCGGCGCCCGGAGCCCCGGUUACCGUCACCGUCACUUACAGUAAUGAAAAACACAGUAUUCAGGUUGCUUCUCAACAAGAAGAUGGUGAACCUACACUACAAGACAUGGCUGUACUUAUUGAACAAGUGACUGGAGUUCCAGUUCCUUUUCAGAAACUGAUAUACAAAGGAAAGUCUCUGAAAGAAUUGGAACAACCGUUGUCAGCACUUGGUGUUAAAAAUGGUUGCAAAGUCAUGUUGAUUGGGAAAAGGAAUAGUCCAGAAGAAGAGGCUGAAUUAAAGAAGUUAAAAGAUUUGGAGAAGUCAGUGGAGCAAAUAGCUAAUAAGUUAGAGGAAGUUAAUAAAGAGUUCACAAGUAUCCAGAAGGGAUUUUUAGCGAAGGAUCUCCAAGCAGAAGCACUAAAACAGCUGGACAAGAGGAUAAAAGGAACUGCAGAGCAGUUCAUGAAGAUCCUGGAACAGGUUGAUGCCAUUCUCUUGCCCCUGUAUGUCUCCAAAAGACUACUUGGCAGCAUCAAUUUCUAAAUGGUGAUAUUAAUGCCUGUGUAUGCAUCCCCAUUCUACAGAAGAGCUUCAUUUGGGGAGCAGCCCGUUAAGACUACAUGAAAUGGGUAUCCUUUACUCAAGUUUUACCCUUUUAGUUUGUCUUGGCAAACUUUCACAUUAAAAUUCAUGAUAAAACUGGAGGUCUGGAAGAAAACCCCAGAUACAUUUUGUUUGCUAUAUUGCAUAAGAACAAGGAGGUCCUGAAGACUGAAGAAUUUUCUGGCCAGUCAUGUGUGGACUGACAGUACUUUUACAUGAGGUGUCUGCAUAUUGAGGAUUCUUUCACUGGAAUGUACUGGGGUAUAUCUAGAUGCUUCGCAGUCAUUAAUGGAUCAUAACCUUUCAGCGUAUUUUCAGAGUAUAAUAUCACAGAAUCACAGAAUGGCAGGGAUUGGAAGGGACCUCUGGAGAUCAUCUUGUCCAACCCCCCUGCACGAGCAGGCACACCCAGAGCAGGGGGCACAGGAAUGCGUCCAGGCGGGUUUUGAAUGUCUCCAGGGAAGGAGACUCAGCCUCCCUGGGCAGCCUGUUCUGCUGCUCUGGCACCCUCAGAUAAUAUGUUAUCUUCCUGUGUCAUGUGGUAGCUGAGAGCUAGCUGAGAAUAAGGGACUUGUGCAGAGAUAAAUAGGAGAUGAUGACAAUUAGGGUAUUUCCUUAUUCUGUUUCUAUGUGCUGGUCAUUCUCUGUAAACGUCAUUGUAUAAUUAUGUUGCACAUCACGAUCAUGAUCACAUCAUGAUCAUGAUCACGAUCAGGAAAAAUGCUGCUUUUCUGUGGUCGUGAUGUCUUUGGGUCUACCCCUUUGCACGGUGACCCUUUAUGGGAUUGAUUCAAAAAGAUGCCAUGCAAAUGCCUAUAUUUGGUGAACCAAAUGUAGUUUAACUGAUGGACACUUUUUCAAAGUUUCACAGCAGACUAAAUCAUAGAGUAAUAAUUUGAAUCGGACAUUAUCAAAUGCCACCAUGUGUUGCUUGGAAUGGUGGGGAGCUCGUUACCUUAUUUCUUCCUUUCAUAUUGUGCACCUUUAAUGGUAAAUUAGCCUUUGCUGUUUGUGAUAGCCAGUAAUUUUUAAAUACUUUUUAAAAAUUGUAACAUGCUAAGUAUUUUAAAGUUGUAAAAAUUCUCUUUCCUUUUUUGCCUCAUAUAGAGGGAAAUAUUUUGCUGACAGUUGUUGAAUGCUGUUAGACAUACGGACUUACUAUAACUGAUGCCCUGUUCAAAGUGGCAGGUUUACUGUGUGCUGUCAUGAAAAUAGCAGUAAGGUGACAACUGUUUCAUUUGGGUGGGAUGAAAGCUUAUUUCUGAUCCCUUCAAUUUCUAUUAUGAAGUCCUAUUUAGAAAAAAGGUCAGUAGUUUUAUGCUGGUGUACGGUUCUGGAAGCCAGCAAGCAGUCUUGAAAAGCCCUUUUCACUGCUUCCUAAUUAAUCCAAACUGAGUUUCCCAAGUUUACUUUUGAUUCUGUUACUUUUUGCAUGGCUUAAACAGAAAGCAUGUUAUUAUCGAUCUCCUUAUCUAAAAUACUUUAAAUAGUUUUUGACAAGAGACUUUCAGGUUUAGUGCAAGAUCUUAAAAGGCUUAUAACCUGGUGAUUUAAUGUUUAGAUUUAGGAAAUAAUGGGGUCCCUGUGCAUCAGGUUUGUCUCUUGUGGAAGCGGAGCAGCCAGAGCUAAAACUAAUUAUAAUUAGUAUCCUUUAAUAUUUGUAAUAGUUGUUUGUUACUUUAUUGUCUGGGAGCCAAUGACAUUGAUGAGCCUCAUGUUUUUAAAGCAAGAAAUAAGUGAAGGUUUUUAUGACCAGUGGUUGAAGUUACGUUACACACACCAAAGUCCAUAUUGAUUUGUUUUAAUAAACAAAGGCGGCUGUGGUUUUUGCAUAAAAACUGAACUUCGGUGAAAUCUUGCAGAUGAGAUACUUGUAGUUGGGUGGAGUCUUUACAUAAAAUGUAGCUGUGCAGUGUACUAGUAUUGCACCAGAUCAGAUGAACAGGCCACCAACUUCCUGAGGUAUUACUUAGCUGUACCGUAGUUGUGCAACACACAGAGGUAGCAACACAGCACGGUAAUGAGGUAUGUAUAUGAACAGUAAAUGGGUUCAACUGAAGUAAAAAGUGGUAAACAGGAAUGCAAAGCAGAAAAGCGUAAAGUUUCUAGAAAGUACUUUGUGUCUCAGAAUUGUUUUAUACAGUAUUUAGUAUUUUUUUGUUAGCCAAGUAAAAAUCAAGUCCUGAUAAAUCUUGUGAAUGCUGUUAACUAUAUAGAUGUGCUAUUGAUUCAAGCAACAGCAUGCUAAAAAAAGAUAAGGGAGGAAAAAAGUGACUGAGCGAGCUGUUUCCUGCUAAGACAGAAGAAUGGAUAGGUUGUAGAAGUGAAACAUUCAGCAAGUUCACACUGAAUGCUCUGGUUUGUUUCUUUGGCAGAAUUGUUGUGAAAGCUCUUUAAAGUGUCUUAGCUGUCAUACAUUGUUUGGAUCAUUCAAAAACACAUAGCUUGAUAUAACAUGAGAUUUGUAUGGUUAUAGAGAGCUAAGGGUGAGGAAGCCUGCAUAUUCUUUUCUAUCUGUUCUAGGGGUGUCACCCUCCUACUGUUAGCAGACAAGCUCAUUCAUUAGAGGAACUGAGUUUGGAGCUAAUAAUCCUUUUUACUAGACUCCAUGUGUUCAACAACAAUGAAUUUAAAAUAAGUGAUUUAGGAAGUGGACAAGUAGGUCAGUAGUCAUACAGUAUUGGGGUGCGAGAGAAAAAAUACAGUGUUGUCUGUCACUGCCAGAGGUGUGAAAGAAAAGUGUUGAAGGGAUGCUUUUGGGUAGAGUAGCUGUAACUUAAGCUUUUAACAUUAAAUGUGUUUAAGUAGCUACUGCUUCCACAGCAGGAAGGGUGGAGGGAUCUUAUGAGCCAUCUGAGAAAUUUUUGAAUACUGUGAGACAGUCAGAUGUUCCCAUAAGCCACAGAUAUUUGAAGUUUUCUUCAGUAGGAAUACAAAUUGAGUCAUGUUCAACAGCUGAAGAUUUGUGUGUGUGCAUCACCAGAAAUGCCAUUAUUUCAGCAGUUAAAACAUUUGGUCCAAGGGUAAAGGUCGAAGUACAGUACUUAUUAAAGAUCUCAGUGAGUAGAACACAGAAAAUCCUUGACUUGAUCAGCUGGCACAGUUUUUUGAAUAACUGAAAGGCUUUUUUCAAGAAAAAAAAAAGGAGAGCUUUUCUGAGAUCAAGGAAAAUUUAAAUUCACAGUCGUGACACUAUGUACUUCUUGUGAGCCUGCUCUAAUUUCUAUGAAGUCUGUCACUAAUGUUGCAGUCUGAGACAUUACUUUGUUGUUAUGGUGAUUUCUUAUGAAAUAGCAGAUUUGUAACCUAGAAAUACAGUAUUGCAGAGAACAGAUUGUUCUAACAACUGAAAAAAAGCUUUCUCUUCUGAAAUACCAGUCACUGAUUUUAUUUACAUAAAUUCACGACAAAAUCAUCUGUCAAAUUGCAUGUAUCAGUACUGAGGACAUUUCUUACAUUAGUGACUCAUAAUUACAUUCUGCUGGCCCAUCCUCCUUUCUUGAGGAUUUUUUUUUUUCUUAUAUUUCCUCUGUAAAACUUACUUAAAUUACUGUACUGUUCCAGUAAAGCUUUUUUCACUGUCUCCUUGUCCCUGCUAUACUUGUCACCCGGUAAAUCAAUACCAGACUAAAUUUUCAAGGAUUAAAAGACAGAAGUAUGCUGAAAAAGAAGUCACAGUGACUGUGACAAACAUUUCUUGGGCUUCUGGGAAGUUACUUAGAGUAAGAUGAGAACAUAUUACUAAAUCUCUGAAUUUAUCUGGAUAAAUAACAUUUGAUAAACAGUAUUAUAAUUCUUAAAUCUAUUAGCAUGAAUCAUAAACAUAAAAUCAAAGCUUCAGGGAAAAAUUUUUCUAAAGCACAAGGAGCAUGAAAUUAUUGUCAUCCCUCAGUGAGGGUAGAGCACUGAGUUACCACUUCUGCAUUCAGAAAAGCCGUUGACAAAUGCUGCCAAUUAACAGCUGCUUUUAAAGAAGCUGCUCAGAUCUACUUAGAUAAAAAGAUAUUCAGUGUCAACAUAAUGUGCUUACCCAAUUUACCAAUUUAUUUAAUGAUAGGUUAAAAAAAAAAAGUGAAUGGCUGGUAGUCAGUAAAAAUUAAACAUGAAAAUGCUACACAUGUUUUUGUUUGUGUUUUUUUUUUAAAAAAAAGAAACUAACAAAAAAGCUUCCUGUUGGAUGGGGUGU